AUGCAUACUAAUAUCCAUGCUUUGCUUUCUCUAUCUUGUUUUGCUCUUGUUUUCAAUGCCCUUUAUGUGUCAGGUAUAGGGUCACAGCCACGGAGUUUGUCUUUGGACUGUGGAUCAGAAAAUGGUGGCACUGAUGGUGAUGGGCGAAAAUGGGAAUCAGAUGUCAAAUACAUUGCUGGAAAUCAUCCACACGCCAGAGCUCAAUACCAAGACUCUUCAAUUGUCUCUGAGGUUCCAUACAUGGAUGCCAGGAUUUUGACAUCCGAAGUAACCUAUAACCUCCCCAUCAUGUUGAAAACCCAUUAUUGGCUCAGGCUCCAUUUCUAUCCUUCAGAAUAUUCUGGUCUCAAUAUCGCAGACUCCUAUUUCUCUGUGGUCGCAGGAGGGGUUACUCUCCUGAACAAUUUUAGUGCUUCGAUCACAGCUCAGGCUCUCACCCAGGCUUACCUCAUCAAAGAGUAUUCUCUAGCUCCCAUAAAUCAUCAGAUUCUCAAUGUCACCUUUAAGCCAGCAGAUAGGCCUGAUGCUUUUGCUUUUAUCAAUGCCAUAGAGCUGGUUCCAAUGACUGACCUCUUUGGUUCGGGGACAAUGGUGGGGUUUGCUGACCAAAAUUUUGACGCGGUGAGUGCAAAUUUGGAGACAAUGUAUAGAUUGAAUGUAGCAGGGCAGUAUAUUUCACCCACUAAAGACUCCGGUAAUCUUACAAGAACCUGGUAUAAUGACGCGCCUUAUUUAUUUGGUGCGGCAACUGGGGUUAAUUUGCAGACUAAUGAAAGUUUCAAAGUCCAGUACGGAGAAUUGACAGAGUCUGUAGCACCUCCUGAUGUUUACAGAACGGCAAGAGGCAUGGGAUAUCACAAGGACCUCAACUUGGCUUUCAACUUGACAUGGCUGUUUCAGGCUGAUGCCAAUUUCACGUAUGUUGUGAGGCUGCAUUUCUGUGAGUUCCAAUUAACUAAAGUCAAUCAGAAAGUCUUCAACAUAUACAUCAACAAUCAAACUGCCCAGGUUGAGCCUAAUGCAGCUGAUAUUAUCGGGUGGACAGGAAAAAUUGGAGUGCCAACAUAUAAAGACUAUGCAGUUUUUGUGAAGGACAGGCCAGGCGAUGAAGAAAUUCGGGUGGACUUGCACCCAGCAACCUAUUCGAAGCCUGAGUUUUAUGAUGCAACACUCAAUGGAAUAGAGGUAUUCAAGAUGAGUGAUAGGAACAAUAACUUGGCAGGACCUAACCCUGUGUUAUCAGAAAUGCAGGCUCAACAUAUAGCUAAAGCUAGCCACAAGAAAUUUCAGACAGAUCACAAAACAUUAACGAUUGUAGGAACUGCUGGUGGAGUUGGCUUCUUUUUUGUUGCUGCGGCUUGCAUUGCUGCUUAUAGAAGGAAGAAGAUAAUUCCUGGCUUUGAUUCACAUACAUCUAGCUGGCUACCAGUCUAUGGAAACUCCCAUACUGGUACCAAAUCAACUAUCUCUGGCAAGAGUACUCAAAGCGGUCACCUCUCUACACUGGCUCAAGGUCUUUGUCGCCAUUUCACGCUUCCAGAGAUACUAAGGACAACCAAAAAUUUUGAUGAUUCUAAUGUCAUUGGUGUUGGAGGCUUCGGGAAAGUGUACAAAGGUGUUAUUGAUCAAACAACCAAAGUGGCCAUCAAAAGAUCAAAUCCGCAAUCAGAACAGGGAGUUAAUGAGUUCAUGACUGAGAUUGAGAUGCUUUCGAAGUUGAGACACAAGCAUUUGGUCUCGUUGAUUGGUUUCUGCGAUGAAGAUGGUGAGAUGUGCCUGGUUUAUGACUACAUGGCACUUGGGACUAUGAGGGAGCAUCUUUACAAUACCAAGAAACCUCGUCUGUCAUGGAAGCAAAGGUUGGAGGUUUGUGUUGGAGCAGCAAGGGGACUUCACUACCUUCACACUGGGGCUAAGUACACAAUCAUUCACAGGGAUGUCAAGAGCACAAACAUUCUGUUGGACGAGAAUUGGGUUGCCAAGGUUUCAGAUUUCGGGCUCUCAAAAACUGGUCCUGACAUGGAUAAGGGCCAUGUUAGUACUGUGGUCAAGGGCAGCUUCGGCUACUUGGAUCCUGAAUACUUUAGGAGGCAACAACUAACUGAAAAGUCUGAUGUCUACUCGUUUGGAGUUGUCCUUUUCGAGGCUCUAUGUGGAAGGCCCGCCCUCAAUCCGAACCUACCAAAGGAACAAGUUAGUCUCGCUGACUGGGCUCUUCAUUGUCAAAGAAAAGGAAUUAUUGAGGACAUCAUUGAUCCUCACGUCAAGGGAAAUAUCACCACUGAAUGCCUGAAGAAGUUCGCAGAUACAGCUGAGAAAUGCUUGGCUGAAUCAGGACCCGAUCGCCCUAACAUGGGUGAUGUCCUAUGGAAUCUUGAAUUGGCCCUCCAACUGCAGGACAACCCUGAAGGUUCAAAGCAUAGCUCAAAAGGUGAGGAAAGUGAAACUUCUGAAGAGAGUAUAAGAAACCGCAACUUGGAAAUGCAUUAUAGCAAUCUCAGCCUCGGAAGCAGUAGUGAAAAGACUGCAGAAUCAGAUGACUCUGGGGAUAUCUUCUCUCAGAUUGUCAAUCCAAAAGGGAGAUGAAGAUAGCAUUACUGGUAAUAGCUCUGCUACCCGGGAUCAAUUGAGGUCAUGAAACUCAAGCAUAUAAAACAAGUUUUCUUGGACAUCAUCAUCUAUUUGUUGUGAUUUAUUAGUAUUACAUAAUGGUGAGGCCUGUUUAAAUUCAUAACACUUGUACUCUACAGACAGGAUGAACACACAGUCAAGUCCAUCAAGCCUGCUACUCUAUGGUUUACUCAAUCUAUGAUUUAACUUAUGCAUUAAAGAUGUAUUAUCUCGUAGAA